AUGAUGAAGCUAGGGCCUUCGCAGAUUUUCGGCCGCUUAGGCGCCGUGGCUCUCCUUGCUGCUGCAUUUUUCCCCCUCUCCCUCUCCGCAAACCCUGCAACCUUGUUAGCUGUGCGCCAAGUUCUGCCUUCCCAAGUCAUUUUACCCGAAGAUAUCAGAGUGGUGAGAAGGGGAGAGGGUUUCUUCUUCGAGGAUGCGGAGAUAACGGGAACAGUUCCAGAUGGUACAGCUGUUCUUAAGUUUGGCGAAGAAAAUGAGGCCGAUCGCCUCCGGCUGUACGUGAUAAACUCCACGAAAGCAGACCUCGAGAGUGUUGUCGCGGGGCCCGGGCUUCCUGUCUUUUGCGACUUUCGUGCUUAUCGUCAAUGUUUCACGCGCCCGAGCGAGACCGCUGUGGAAUAUCUCCAACACAGUGCUGUCCUCACCACUGGAAGCGGCGCUGAGCUCGUCUAUCUGCGCUACCCUAGUGGGGGCAGCAUCCUCACAAGACACUCCGGAGUGAAUUUGCCGGCCCCCUCCGACGUGCAUGGACAGUUCACGGGGGAAGUCGAUACGAGUGUCUUAAAGUGCUCACCGUUUGGAGCUGUGGAAUUCCCGAGCCAGUUCGACCCUACGUCCUUGUCCAUUAUAGAUAGGACUGAGGGAGAUUUGCAAUUUUGCGAAGUCAUGCCCCCUCUCGUUACGGGAAAGCAAGCAGUGGCCAUCACCGGCACAAAGAGGGCCCCACGGAUCUAUUGUGAAAAAGCCUCAAGGAGGCUACUCUACUUCGACUCAUUCAUGCAGACAAGCGACGUGAACUUGCCUCAUUCUCAGCCGCUGGAGCUAAAGCUAACAGGGCAACCUGCGACGUGCGACAUGUUGACCGAGAACGAGGAUCCCGUCUUCUCCGUGAAACUAUUUGACCCCGUACUAGGAAAGUUGAGGGGAGAAAAAAGCUUUUCGUACAUCUCCGUUGGCGGCAGGAAAGCUUUUGUUCCAGUUAGGGUCCAGGCCUUCCCUGAAAGCGCAUUGGGGUCCCCUUGCUCCUCGAGAAACUACCGGCUACUAUACCAGCGCAACAACAUCCUUCAUACGGAAAUACAACAUGACGCGCCCCUUGAAUGCCACAAGCUUACCCUUUCUCCUCUCGGAGACUUUGAAAGGGAAGCUCUGCUAAUGAAAAUUCACGGUAGUAACUUGUGGAUGGAAGUCCCAGUUGGGACUGUGCUUGCCCUUCCUGUAGAAGAAAAAUCCGAAGAGACAUUCAAGCUAUAUUCUUAUCAACCAACAUUUUCUACAUCGCAUCUUCACGUCACAGAGCUCCACGCCAUGGCUGGCGACACCGAGCUCGGCCCGGCCGUGAUCUCCACCGCCGAGCCUCCGAACGGGGGUAGUGCCGCUAUGCUCUAUCAGCAGUCCAAUGGAAAGACGGUCUCCAUUGGCUACCUGCAGGAUGGGGUGUUCGUCGGGGGCCCAAAUGUAACAUUCUUCACGCCGGACGCGCUGAACGGUGGAAAAAUAUUGGAAUACAGGGUACAUCAAAUGCAGCGAGGAUCAUCUCUUCUGCUUAGCUCUGUCCCCGAGGCCCUAGCGCUGCAGCGUAAGUUUCUAGCACGGCCAAAGUUCCUCCUAGAGGUUUCAGCGCAGGAUAGUGGAGACUGCAGGCAGGAAUUGGGCGUGCAUUUGCGUUUUAAGGAUGAAUGGAUUUGUUUCUUAGGCGACAUCAUACACUACAACACCGCUCCGCAUGGAAUUCCUGCCAUAGGACGGGCAGCGGAAGAUAUGCUCUCCAUGCUUCACAGGCUACGUAAUCACUUUUCUUCUAGAGCUGAGGGACAGGGUCUUGCUGAGGCCUUAUCGGAAAUAAGCAACAAAAUAAGUCGUGGGCCGUUCUCCGUGGUGCUGAGACUUCCAAUUAACAUGCUGGACUCUCCCACAAGUAAAGGGCUGAUUCAGCAACUGCGCAUUGCGUUGUCUUUGAUGGUGGAAGACACAACAGCCCUGCACCGGGUCCUGGCUAACCGCAUAACAUUCUACGGGACAGCUAUUUACACGCUCUACAAGAUCCUUCAAAGCGGUCAUUGCAACAGCUGCCCAGAGGGAAAUACAGAAUGCAAUUUCUGCAGAGCAGUGAUGUUCAGGGAUUUCGUGUACGUAACGAUUCAAGGGCUAGGGAUUAACAGGGAAACGAUGCCCGACUCGCUCUCCUGGGCUGAGUUCAGGGGACAAGAUUUUCUUGCUUUCGCGGAAACGUCGACGGGCUCGGCUCUUCUAGGAGUUGAAAUGGACUUUCACACCGACAUGUUGACGAAGAGACCCUCCAGUCAAAGACACCUCCCUCAGCUGAGGGCUUAUGCAACAACUUGCCUGAAUGCGCACAUCAGCGGCAUGAUACUAAGAGAAAGGAGCAACUCCUCGCAGUGCCCUGGAUUGCACUCCUACCUCAAGAACAUCAUACAGACAGCACCAGUGGAAGAUUUUGCCGCCUUAAUGAACGGCGCUGAGUUCAGAGAUGCUGUUGUUGAGAGUUGCAAUGGUGACUAA